UGCUUAAUUUCUUGGAUAUUUAAGAAUUGAUAAAGUAUCGACCACUGUAAUUGAAUAUUACAAUUUAAAAAUUUGAUAAUGUUAUUAUAUGAAAGUUAUUUAUAUACUUCAAUUGCAAUAUUACACUAUUAGAAACUUUUCUUUAUAUAUCAUUCAUGGUUGUUAAUUCAAAGUUGUUACAAGUGGUAGCGCACAUUGUUGCAAACUUGACGAUCUUGUUCCGUGAUUAAGAAUUAAGGUACAAACACGCCUUUUACAUUUUUAGUUUUUACUGUGGAUCAAAAAUAUUUACCAUUUUUAAAAUUAGUCAGAGUUUAAACAAAGAUAACAAUUUUAAUUUACUUAGCAUUUACGAAUUUAGUUAUUCAUUUCUUGGACUUUAUAUAUGUCUAAAUCAUUGCAAAUUAUUCCUAUAUCAUGUCUGAACCAGUAAAGAAGCUCACGUUUAGAGAGCAGAUGAAAGGAUUUCCUGCUUGGCAAAUAUUUGUUAUCAGUAUUAUUAGAUUUGCUGAACCUGUUGCAUUUACAUCAUUAUUUCCUUAUGUUUAUUUCAUGAUUCGAGAUUUUGGUAUUGCCAAAAACAAGGCUGAUAUCGCUACUUAUUCAGGGUAUUUAUCAGCUUCAUUUGCAUUUUUUCAAUUUUUAUGUUGUGUUCAAUGGGGGAGAGCUUCUGAUAGAGUAGGUAGAAAGAAGAUUUUAUUAUUGGGGUUAUUAGGUACUGCAUCAUCCAUGGUUCUUUUUGGAUUUUCUGCUAAUUUUUAUAUAGCCAUGCUUGCAAGAUCAAGUAUGGGAGUAUUAAAUGGGAAUAUUGCAGUGUUAAGAACUGCCAUUGGAGAAAUUGCAACUGAAAGAAGGCAUCAAGCUAUGGCAUUUUCAACUUUACCAUUACUUUGGAAUAUAGGUGCUGUGGUUGGACCUAUGAUUGGUGGUUCUAAAUACUUAACCAGACCUAAGAAUUCAGUUAGUUCAGAUGCCAUUUUCACUGGUGAUGAUAGUUCUUAUGAAAAAUUUAUUACUAAAUUUCCAUACGCGUUAUCAAAUAUAGUGGUUGCUUUAUUCUUAUUAUUUAGUUUCCUGGUGGGAAUCUUAUUCUUAGAAGAAUCACAUCCAAGAUUUAAAAAUAAAAGAGAUAGAGGACUUGAAAUCGGUGAUUCUAUUAGAAGAUUCUUUGGUUUUGAUAUACCACCAAGACCUUGGCAAAAGGCCAGUAUCAAGAGUAGUAGUAAGAAAUCAGUGGUUAGAAAGCCAAAGACUCCAAGUCCAGAAGCUCAACCUGAAGAUCUUGCUAUUGAUAGUGAUGAUGAAAUUACUCCAUUUAAUCAACCCCAACAAUUAUAUGCAUCUACCAAUCAAGAUAAUGAAGAAGGAGUUGGAAGUGAUACUGAUUCGAUUGAAUCAAUUAAUGGUAUUAUGUCAAGACGUAUGUCAGCUGCAUUAGUUAGAAGAUACUCUUCUAAUCAACUUGGACCUGUUAUCUCAUCUAAUUUCGAAACUGAAUCCAUCAUAACAACUAAUAUCGAACAAGGAUUCAAUAAAGAAAUAUUCACCGCUCCUGUGGUUCAAACUAUUAUUGCCAAUUUCUUAACUUCAUUUCAUAAUAUUGUUUAUUCUGAAUUCUUACCUGUUUUAUUAGCUGGUGACUUAUUAGUCGAUGAAAUUAAAUUCCCUUUCACUUUGAAAGGUGGAUUUGGGUUUGAAUCAAGUACCAUCGGUAUGUUAUUAUCUACUACAGGAUUAAUAGGUGGAUUGGGAAUCUUGUUUAUUUUCCCUAUUAUUGAUAGAAAUUUCAAGACUAUUAAUGCUUAUAGAGCUUCUGCAUUAAUUUUCCCCUUCAGUUAUGCAGUUUUACCGUAUUUAGUAUUCACAUUACAUGAAUAUAAUCCAAAUUUCCCUAAGGGAUUAACCAAGAAAUUGUUAUAUGUUUUAUGUUGUUGUAAUUCAUUUUCAGGUUCUGUGGGAUUUCCUAACAUUUUAAUCUUAAUCCAUAGAUCAUCUCCUGCCAAACAUCGUGCUUUUAUAAAUGGUCUGGCUUUAAGUUUAUCAUCAUUAGCAAGAUUUAUUGGACCAAUUCUUUUUGGAUAUAUUAUGUCUACCACAGAUAAGUAUUCCAUUGGUGAAGUUGCAUGGUUUCUGCUUUCAUUCUUAUCAAUAUGUUGUGUUAUCCAAGCUUUCUUUAUGAAAGAUUAUGAAGAAGAUUUAAAAGAUGAUGAGAAUGAUGCAUGAAUGAAAUCUUUCUUUCUUUCCUCACUAUAUACUAUUUUUUUGCAUUAAGACAAUAUUUUUUGUUUUUUCUCUUUCAUAUAAAUCG